GCUGUUUAAGCAACGUACCAGUUAAGAACAAGUUCACGAUGACCUCUAACACAAAAGAUGGAAUCACCAUACGCAUAAUGACCGAAGAAGACUAUAAAAAUGUGAAAGUAUUCAUGGAUGAUGACUUCUUCAAGUCGGAACCUCUGUGCCAAGCCAGCGGAGAAGACGUUCAGCGGCAAAACGAGGAGGAGAACGACGAGUAUCACCUGUCGAUGAUCGCCCAGGGCACCUGUUUGGUGGCCCUCGAUGAGAACAACGGCGGACGACUGGUGGGAUUCGUUCUGGCCGGAGCCCAGUUCCCCGAGGAUGUGGAACAGCAUCGCAUUGAGGCGGAGGCCAUGGAGCAGCACACCUGGGGACGCAUUUGCACCUUGCUCUCCAAAAUCGAACAGGAGGCGAAUCUGUUUGGGCGCUUUGGCAUUUCGAAAGUGCUCUAUUCCCACAUUACCAGCGUGGAUACUUCGAUGAGGGGCAAAGGACUGGGCUCACGACUCGCCGCCACUCUGAUGGAGGUGGGCCGAUCCAAAGGAUUCCCGGCAAUGGUGGCCUACUGCACCAGCUUCUUCUCCGCCCGCCAAAAGGAGGCGCUGGGGAUGCAGUGCAUCUACUCGCUCACCUACGCCGACUACAAGGAUGCCGAAGGACGACCGAUCUUCACACCCGCUGCGCCGCACACAAUGGCCCGAGUUAUGGCUAUUAAGCUUUAAUAGAAAUACCACUUUAAAAAUAAUCUCUAGGUACAAAAUAAUGGAACAAUAACGGGAGCUAGCGAAUUUAAAUGUGACUAGAAUAGUUAGAAAAAAAGAAAUAAUAAUGAAAUUAAAUAUAUACAGCAA